AUGGUGCAUAUUUGAAUGAACGGCCUUGCCGCCAUCACAUUUUUCUGUCGAACCGCUCGGACGUGUGUGGAGGAUAAAUUUUGCCAAAAACAAUUAUGCGGGGAUCUACCGCUUAGCUUCGACCCGCGGUCGCGCGAUUUAUUAGUUUUAUUGGAGAAUUAUAUUUAAGCAGAAAAAAACGUUGGAAAUUGCGCGUGUGCGGGUGGUGGAAGAACAGUGACAUUUUGUGGCGACCGUGUGAAAAUAAAGAGCAAAAAAGAAAAAGAAAACCGCCCGCGGCGAAAAUUGUUUCCCGUCGUUGAGCGGUUGCGUCUGUGUGUGUAUGUGACUGUUCUGUGCAUGUGUGUGAAAAACGUGAAAAAAAAUUGGAAUAUAAUAUUUGCACAAAAGUUAAAAUCAAACCAAAUAUAAAGAGAAGCUCCAGAAAUUACAAAAAAAAAUAAGAGUAUAUGUGGGCGAUAAAUGAUUGGGCGGCGGCAGGCAAAAGUCAAUCAACGAUAAGCGUCGCGUCGCAGAGGAGGAAAAGACGGAGAAGCGCUUAAACUGGACACAGGUAAGAAUUGAACCGCAUGUAGCGCGUAAUAACGGAGCCCAAGAACAAAAGGAACACCAAUUUUAACACCAUUGGAUUUUGAACAUGAACAAAAAUGCCGGCGAUGGCAGCGGCAACGACGGCAAAAACUCAAACAAUCAUGGCAAGGGCGGUGGUGGCUCCAACGCGGGUGGGGGCGCCGGAGCCGGCAAUCCGCACGAUCCCACCGGACUCCUAGAUGCCGCCUCGCUAUUCGCUUAUUGGGGCCGUGAUCCCACUGGAGCUGCGGCGGCAGCCGCCUCUAAUCCGCUGUUCAACUCACAAUUCAAUGCAGCCGCCGCCGCUGGCCUGGGCCUCCUUCCGCAAACGGGUGGCGGCUCUGCCAAUGACCGCUACUCGAUGGCCGCUGCAGCGGCGGCGGCGGCCGGCGCCCAUCAUCAUCAGAACACCAUGGCAGUGGCCGCUUCGCAGGCCGCCAGUCUGGCAGGUCUGCAUCCAGCAAGCUGGUGGUCGAUGGCGCAACUGGCGGCUCAGGACUACUUUAGUCGCCUGCAGGCGUCCGGCCUCUCACCAUUCCCGCAUCCAGACCUGGCGGCAGCCUUCGGGCCGGCGGCAAUGGGCAUGGGCGCCACAGGAGCAGGCGGAAAUGGUGCAGGCAGUGGAAGCGUAAUGGGUGCGGGUGCUGGCAGCGGAUCGGCUGUGGGUGGCGGCAAUGGCGGGGGCGGAGGAUCGUCCAGCUCCUCUGGCAGCAAGUCCAACAAGUCGCGCAAGGAGAAGCGGGCGGCCCAGCAGCAGCAGCAACAGCAGCAGCAGCAGCAACAGCAGCAGAGCCUGGCCAACAGCCUGAAUGCGGCGGCGGCAGCGGCUGCAGCAGCUGCGGCCAACAAUCCGGCAGCAGCGCUCGCCAGCAUGCACGGAUUCGGUGUGCCGGGAUCGGUGGCCGUGAGCACGGGCAGCGGAUCGAUCUCCACCAGCAGCGGAGGCGGCCAUGGAGGAUACAAGAGCACGGCCAGUGCCUACGGGAAGCCUUCGACGAUGACGAGCAACAGCAUGGCGAGCAAUCCGAGCUCCGCGUACGAUCCUGUGACCCUGCACAAAGAGCUGAUGGCCAUGCAGGCGGUUGCAGCCGCCGCCUCGGGAUCGGGCGGAGGGUCCGGCAGCGGCUCGUCGGGCAAAAAGUCCGGCGGCGGCGGCAGUUCCUCCUCAAUGCACGGCCACGGACUCUCCGGCCUCGGCAUGGGCGGUGGGGGCAACGGCGGCAUCAUGUCCGGCAGCAAGGCAUCGUCCACGAAUGUCAGCUCCAGCAACGCGUCGCUGGGUGGCAUGCAUCCCAGCCUGGGCAGCGCCAAUCCGCUAAUGUCCCCCCAUGGCAUGGGCGGUGGAUCCUCGUCGUCGGCGGGGGCAUCGGGCAAGGACCGCGACAAGAACAAUCCCUCGCUGAAUGCCCUCAAUUCGCUGUCGCAGUUCGGGGCCCUGGGCAUGACGCCGCAGCAGAGCAUGCAGGCGGCGAUGAAUGCGUUUGCGGCUAGCACGGGAGUGGUGCCCAGUGCCACAGUCACGUCGUCGUCGCAGCAUCACAGUUCCUCCCAGCAGCAGCAGCAGCAACAGCAGCAGCAGCAGCAACAGGCGGGAAUCAGUUCAACGGGUGGAUCAUCGGGUAGCAAGGGUGGCAACGGUGCAAAGGAUUACAUGAGCGCAGCAGCGGGAAUGAUGAGCGGCAGUGGCAGCAGCGAGCAUCCCUCGUUGCUGGGCGUACGCCUGCCACCGGACACGGAGAUCAUCAAGUAUACGUCCUCGAUUGUGGGCCCCAAAAUACCUGGUACUACAUCACGGGGUCGCAAGAAGACUAUUUCCGAAACAGAACAACAACAGACCACACAUCAACAGAAACAACAACAACAGCACCAAGCAGAACAACACCUACUCCAACAACAAUUACAACAGCAACAGCAAAAAGAGCUCGACAGCACCACAAAUGCACUCUCCUCUCUGCUUGCAUUUCCAGGUCUCAGUCCCGCGAAGCGGGCUAGACUCGAAAUGGAGUACGCGGCAAUGGCAGCAGCCGCCCAACAGCACCAGCAGCAGCAGCACCAACAGCACCAACAGCACCAGCACCAGCAGCAGCAUCACCAGCAGCAGCAACAGCAACAGCAGCAACAGGCGGCAGCAGCUGCUGCAGUGGCAGCUGCCGGAGGACUCCAUGGAAUGCUGGGAGCCGCUGGCAUGCCAAUGGGCAGUCUGUCCGGCCUCACGGGCAUGUCCAAUCCGUUGGAUCAGCUGAGUGUCACCAAGUCGAGUGCCUCGACGGUGACCAGCAAUGCCAACUCUUCGGCGUCCUCGAUGGGGGGCCACGGUCACGGCCAGGGCUCAUCGAGCGAUCGGGUGGAGGUGAUCAAGCUGCCGCCGACCAUCACCUCGAACGGCGCCUACAAUCUCUCCAGCAAGGGCAAGGAGGUGCACGAUCUGACCAGCGAUCAUGCAGCCCCCGGCUCGGGUGGCGUUAAUCUCAGCCUGAAGUCGGCGUCCAGUGCGUUGCCACCCGCCGUCACUGGGGCCGUGGGCUCCGCCUCGAAUCCCAUCACCAUCGACGACUUUGAUGCGCCGCUUAAUCUGUCUAUGAAGCCCUCGGACAAGAGCAGCGGAGGAGCCCCAACGGCGUCCACUUCCACCUCCAGUUCGGCUCUGGCCAACAUGGCCAGUGAGUACCAGGCGGCUGCUCAGGGCGGCAACAGCCUGCAGUCUCUGAGCUCCAUUACGGCGGCCCUCGGCGGCAGCAGUGGGGGCAUGCCGGGUGGGUCCAUUUCGGGCAGUGGCGAUACGUCGCCGGCACCUCAACACGGAGGCGGUAGCUCGACAGGUGGAAACUCGUCGGGCGGCGGCGGUGGCGGAGGCGGUGGUUCCUCCUCGUACAAGGAGGGGCGUCCGCGCAAUCUCGGACGUGGAGUGUCCAAGCCCAAGAAGAAUACAGUGGCCUCCCUGCUGGCCCAGUCGCGGGCUGUGGGCCUCAAACCGAUGCUGGCCACCCAACAGCUGCUCCAGCAAGGAGCGGACAUUGAGAAGAUCCGGCUGGCAUUGAGCGAGGCCAAUGCGCACAUGGAAACAUCAACGGACUCGGAGAGCAUGGCCGCCGAGAGCGGGCUGUCGGAGUCGGAGAGCGAGGAUGCCAACAUACACAAUGUGUCGGAGCUGCGAGUGCCCCUGGACAUGGGCUGGAAGCGGGACACGGUCAUCCGAGGCCUGACCAAGCUGGGACAGAUCCGUGGGGAGGUCACCUACUAUGCGCCGGGCAGUGUGGCGCCCCUGAAGACCAUUGGACAGGUUUUUGCUAUCCUGGAGCAGCAGCCAUCGAAUCUGACGCGCGAGAACUUUAGCUUCUCCGCACGGGCCAUUGUGGGAUCGUUUCUGCAGCCAGCGCCGCCGCCGUAUGCCAACGAUGGCGAGUACAUACGGAUGACCGACGAGGAUGUGGCUAAGCGGCUGGAGGACCUCAAGGUGUUCACACGCCAGACACUCAAUGUGGAGCAGCGCAUCGAGAUUGCCAAGCAGCAGCAGGCGAUGCGGGAUGCCAAGAAGCUGCAGAAGGAGGAGCUGGCGCGCAACAAGGAGAAGGCGCGCCAGGAGAAGAACGCCAAGCUCGAGCAGCAGCGCAAGGAGAAGGAGAUGAAGAACCAGCAGGCCAUCGAGGAGCGCAAGAAGCGGCAGGAGGAGCUCGAUCGCCUCAAGCAGGAGGAGCUGCUCAAGAAGCAACAGGAGAAGGAGAAGCGUCGUCAGGAAGCAAUUUUAGCCAAGGAACAGGAACUGCAGAAGCAGAAGGAACUGCUGCUGGCCGCUGAAAUGGAACGCGAACGUCGACGGCAGCACAUGAAUCUCAUACGGAUGCUGGAGGUACGGCGCAAGUUCGAGGAACGGGAGAAGAAGAAACACCAGCUGGUGCUGGAUCGCCUCAUACUGCGCGAGCGCCGCAUGGCCGAGAGGAAGCGUGACGCGGAGAUCCUACAGCUGAUACGGCGACCCAACGAGGACUCGGAAAUGCUGCAGGAGAUGGCGGUGCCGGAGCUGGAGCGCAUUGCCGGCAAUCGAUUGCCGGGCCAGGCAAUGGCCGAUCUUCUGAUGGUCUUCGAGUUUCUGCACAACUUUGGCGAGACCCUCGGCUUCGAUAUGGAGUCGCUGCCGUCGCUGCAGAACCUCCACGACGCUCUGAUCAGCGACAGCAAUGCGGAUGCCGAGGAGGAGCUGCUGUCGGUGAUGACGCACCUCCUGGUGUGUGCCAUUGAGGAUCCCGGCGUGCCCAAUCCCGGCCGUCACACAACGCUGCUGGGCCAGUCGCUGCGCAACGCGGACAUAACAAACUCGAAUGUGUCGGAGAUUCUGCGCAUCUACCUGUACGCCACGGCCACCGGAGAGGUGCGCCAGAUGCACGGCAUCACCGUCGACAGGGAGCGGGAGCGGCGGGUGCCCGACCACCACCAGGUGGACGCCGACACCAGCACGCACUCGGCCAAGAACCAGGAGUACUACAAGCUGCUCCACGAGAACGACACCUGGAAGCUAUCGUACGCCCUCAAGGACCGCCCCUUCGUGGCCCUGAAUCCGACGCGCAAGGCCCAGAUGUUGGCCCACCUAUGCAACGACCUGCUGAUGAACAAGGCCGUGCUGCGGCAGAUCGACGGCAGCCUCGAGACCUGCGCCCAGAUGCGCAAGGAGAAGUACAUGACGGACAUGAAGGUGCGCAAGUACAAGGCCCUCCACAUGCGCAAGGCCCGCAUCGAGGCGUACGAGAAGGCGCAGGCGGAGCGGGAGGCGGCCAUGCACGCCCUGAUGGCCCAGCAGAAGCUGGACGCCGAGCGGCUGGCCCAGGCACAGGCGAAGCAGGCAGAGGCCGUGGCCGAGGCCGAGGCGGCAGCAGAGGCCAUGCAGGCGGCGGCUGCUGCCGAAGGAGACGACACAUCCAAGGCACCGGACAUCGAAGGAGAGGGACUUCCUGUGGAGACCAACAACGGGGAGACCAACAAGGAGUUGGAGGAUGGCAAGGCCAUUCCAUCACAGCCCAUGGACGUGGAUGGCGUUGAUUGUGCGGUCAGCAAUAAGGAAGAGGCAACGCCCGCUGCACCACUCCUCGAUUCCUCGCUGGUGAGCCCCGCCAAGAGCUGUAUUUCUUCCGUGGAUUGCAUUACUCCCGGCAAGCAGAUGUCGGGACAGGACUUUGCCACACCCACGCCUACGCCAACGCCCACGCCCACCUAUCAGCACAACGGUUCGAGUACGCCCACAACAGGUGGCCUAAAUGCGGCAGCGGGAGUUGGAGUGGGAGUGGCAACUGUGGCUGGAGGCCUCGAAAUGCAGGCAGCCCUGAUGCAGGCCAAAAAGAGCGGAGCCCGCAACUCCAUCAACGAGGAUGGCCACAACGAUGUGAGCAUCAUCGAGGACGACCUCUCCGACCUGGACUCGGAGAUCACCAAUGUGGAGGAGGACGAGGACAAUCGCCUGAGUGCCGAUGAGCUGCAAAAGAAGCUGGACAAAAUCGUGCGCGCCUCGCUCAACUGCAAGGAGGCGCUGGAGAAGAGCACCAAUCAGCUGCGUGCCGCCUGCUUUGGGCAGGAUCGCUUCUGGCGACGCUACUGGAAGCUGCCCAAGGCCGGAGGCAUCUUCAUCGAGGCCCUGGAAUCAGCCCAGAACGAUAUCUGUGACUACCACGAGGCCCUGGAGAAUAUGGACGAGAAGCGGCUGCAGAAGGAGCAGCAGCAGAACCAGAAGCAGUUCGAGGACGGAUCCAGAGACCAGGAGGCAGAGCCAGAGACUGAGAAGGUGGCAGCGAAGGAGGCGGAGACAGCGACGGGCACGGUCCCGGACACGGAGACGGUGUCGGUGGCGGGGACAGUGCAGCCCAUGGAGGUGGAUGAAUCGCACGCAGAGAUGAAUCCAGCUAUAGCCGUGGCCACAGCAGCACAGGAUCAGGAUAAUCAUCCAGAACGGAAGCGAGACGAUCAGGACGAUGGAGAGGAGGAGGAGGCGGAGGAUGACGAUGACGAUGAGGUCACCGAAGUGAACAAAAUCGAACCGGAGAUUGUGGAUCUGGGCGAUGAUGAUGAUGAUGACGAAGCGGGUGCUGUGCCUCCAACGGUAACCAAGAUCGAACCGCCCCGACCCGAAAUCAAGGUCAAGUCGGAGAUGGAGCUAAUGGGUCCGCCCACCACGAUGAUCUCCACCAAAACGGACUUCGAGGCGGAGAUCAAGAUACCCUCGAUGCCUGGCCACAUGAUUCCAACCCUCAACAACAACAACAACAGCAUUGGCAACGACAGCAACUGUGAUAAGUUGGAGGGAAUGGGCAUGGGCAUGGGCAUGGGUAUGGGCAUGGGAAUGGGAGUGGGAAUGGCACAGACAUAUGGCCAGAAUCUGAUCACAUCUUCGACCAUCAAAAUGGAGGACCUGAAAAAGGAAACGUCCGACGAUUGCAUCAUUGUGUCCACCUCCAGUGGCGACGAUACGCCCAAAUGGUUCUCGAUUGUGCAGCGCGAGGUGCCGCUAAUCAGCGAACUGCCCGCGGAGGAGGGCGGUGUGGUCGCCCAGGAGCUGCAGUGGGGCUAUGCGAACCAGAACUGCUAUGCCCAGCUGCAGCUGCAGGGCCAUCCGUGGGACCUGAUCAACAACGUGCAGUACUACUCGAUACCGAUGGAGGAGUGCAAGGUGGAUCCGGGGAAGCUGGCGCAGGAGUGCAUCUUCUCGCUGAGCGGCCUGGACGAGCGCCAGAUGCAGGCCAAGCUGGAGGAGUACGAGGCCAAGAUCAAGAUCAAGUGCACAGUGCCAAAAAACGGUCUGGAGUCUCCUCAUCGCCCCCUCGUGACGACCGAUGAUGAGGAGCAGGAGAUCAAGUUGAAGCCGGAUGCCGACGAAGAUGGACAGAUGGAUGUGGAUGCGGACGCUGAAGCGGAACCAGAUGCGGAUGCUGAAACGGACGCUGAUGCUGAGGCAGAUGGAGAUGCGCAUGCGGAGAAGGACAAUGAGCACGCCGGCAAGGACAAGUUUUUUCGUUUGCGCACUGAUGUCCCCCCGGACACGGGCGGGGGAGAAGGGGUACUUGAGGACGGAACAGAUGCCCCAGAGCUAAAGCCGAAGAUUGAGCUGAGGCUGGAUGAGGCCCUAUCGCAGGCCUACUACCACAACAUCGCCAACAUGUCGCUGAGCAGCGUCCAAACGUACAUCCCCAUCGACAUUCCCCUGCCCCUGUCCAUGACGCCCGACGAGCACCGGCUCCUCGAGCAGGUGAAGCUCUCCGGCUUCCCGGACAAAGUGCACGGCGUGUACGUGCCGCAACGGCAGCGCUACGGCUGGUGGCAGCUCGACGACGAGCAGAAACUGCGCCAGCUCCUAAAGACCCUGAAUCCGUCGGGGCUGCGGGAACGGGAGCUGCAGGAGAACCUGACGCGCUUCCUCACCCUGGAACAGCCGCUGGGCGUCAACUACCAGCUGCAGCCGCUGGAGGCCCACAUGGUGGAGUACCUGUUGCCGGACGGGCCGCACGACUGGAACCCCAAGGUGGCCAAGCGGGUGGAACUGGCCCUGCUCGAACAGCUCGAGUCGCUGGAGGACAAGGUGGCCAGCGCCUCGAUGCAGCUGAAGAACUGGCAGGUGCCCAAUCGCGUCGAGGGCGAGCAGAGCCUGCCGGAGCCGGAGGAGGUCAGCGAAGAGGACUUUAUCAGCAUCAUUCCCAUGAUCCGGGAGCGGAUCAUCGAUCUGGAGGCCAACAUUGAGCGGCGCUACCUGAAGCCGCCGCUCGGCUCCCAGACUGGCGACGCCCACCUGGCCGUGAUUGCCCAGAACCAGCACACCUCCACCCAGACCCAGAAUUCGGCCUCUGCCGCGGCCUACCUGCUCCAGAUGCAGCAGCAGCAGUUGGUCCAACAGCAGCAGCAACAGCAACAGCAGCACCAGCAACAUCAUCAGCAACAACCGGGAGGAAACAGUCUCAAUCCCUCAUCCUUCAACGAGCGCACCAUGGCCCUGGCAGCAGCCGCCGCGGCUACUGCGCCCAACUCCACCAACGCCUCCGGCUGUCCGGGCGAGUCUGGCAGCGUGGAGCCCGUCUCUGGCAACGUCUCGCCAGCCAGCAACUGCGACAGCGACAGGGACGAGAAGGUGGAGAACAUACCAAAGGGCCUGGUGCAGUGGCGGGAUGCAGUGGCCCGGUCCCACACCACGGCCCAGCUGGCCAUGGCCCUCUACGUGCUGGAGUCCUGUGUGGCGUGGGACAAGAGCAUUAUGAAAGCGUAUGCAACAAGAAACAAGUCGAGCAAGAAGAGCAGCGCCAAGAAGCAGGCAACACCAAACAAAAAGAAGCAACAGCAGCAGCAGAAGAAUAAGAGCAAGAAGAAGAAGCAAGCCACGCCACAGAAAACAACAAAAACGGAACCGCCACCGCCACGGCCCCCGGCGACACCCCCAAAGGAACAAAAGCAUCAAAAACAGCAGUCCCUGAGCAUCAAAAUCAAUCUAAAGGCUCUCGCCAAGGCAGCGCAAAACGGACAAUCCCCCCCAGCCCAACCGCCUUCCUUAUCGCCCUCCCCCAGCGAGGAUCAAGACUCCCGCACGGACUCUGACUCGGACUUUGGGGCAAAAACGACGACCACGACCACGACAAAGACAAAAACACGCAAACGUCGACGCUCGGCCACAACCACAAACUCUAGCAAAUAUUCGAAUUCCUUACAGAAUUGCCAGUUCUGCACCUCGGGCGAGAACGAGGAUAAGCUGCUCCUGUGCGAUGGCUGCGACAAGGGCUACCAUACGUACUGCUUCAAGCCUAAAAUGGACAACAUACCCGAUGGCGACUGGUACUGCUACGAGUGCGUGAACAAGGCCACCAAUGAACGCAAAUGCAUCGUGUGCGGCGGCCAUCGUCCCUCGCCGGUGGGCAAGAUGAUCUACUGCGAUCUGUGUCCGCGCGCCUACCACGCCGACUGCUACAUCCCACCGCUGCUGAAGGUGCCGCGCGGCAAGUGGUACUGCCACGGCUGCAUUGCACGGGCCCCGCCGCCCAAGAAGCGGAGUGGCGGCACCAGCAGCAGCAGCAGCAAGUCGCGUCGCGAUCGCGAUGCCAGCACAGCCGCCAAGCGGCGCAACGACAAGCCAGGACUACCAGGGCCAGUGGGUGCCACCAGCAUGGAGCACUUGCCCCAAAUGGGGGGAGGGGACGGGCAGCACCAGCUGCAACAGUCGCUGAAUUCGUCGCACGACGAGUCCAUGACAUCGCUGCCGCCGCCUUUGAGUCCGGCGCAUUCGGUUGCCUCGGCCACGUUCGAGGAUCAGCAGCACACCAACUCCAUCGACAGCAGCCGUUUCCAGGCGCAUCUGGGCAACAGCAACAGCAACAACAACGGGGUCGUGCCGCUGCCCGAGGAAGUGGCUAUCGCUGCGACCGGCUACCCGGUCUAUCCGCCAGCCAGCGCCUUUGCCGCUGGUCUGGUGAACCCCACAGGACCCACAGUUCUGCCCAUACUUCCCGUACCCCAUGGACCGAUGCAGUUCAGCAACGUGGCCAUGUCGCCGCGGGCUGUGACGCCCACCCGAACGCCGACGCCGACACCGGCGCCGACACCACCGCCACCCGGGCCACUGCAUCCGCCCGUGCCCACAUCGACGACACCGCUGCUCAUGCAGGCCUCGCCGACGGCACUAAACGCCAUCUGCCAGUCGCCGCCGCAUCAGCAGCCGAUGACCAUGCCCUCGCCGCGUGCCUGCACACCCACACCACCCACGGUGGGAGCGGCAGGGGGAGUGGGAGUAACGCAAAUGUCACCGCCGCCCAUCAAUAUACAUGCCAUACAGGAGGCCAAGGAGAAGCUAAAACAGGAGAAGAAGGAGAAGCACGCGACCAAGAAGCUCAUGAAGGAGUUGGCCGUUUGCAAGACGCUCCUGGCCGAAAUGGAGCUUCACGAGGAUUCGUGGCCAUUUCUGUUGCCCGUGAACACCAAACAGUUUCCCACUUAUCGCAAGAUUAUCAAAUCCCCCAUGGACCUAUCCACCAUUAAGAAGAAGCUCCAUGAUUUGAGCUACAAGGCACGCGAGGACUUUUGCGUGGAUGUGCGACAGAUCUUCGACAACUGUGAAAUGUUCAACGAGGAUGAUUCGCCUGUGGGAAAGGCGGGGCACGGCAUGCGCAAGUUCUUCGAGUCCCGCUGGGCAGAGAUGACCGAGAAGCACUCCUGAUCGUAUCCGCAGCUCCAGCUUGCCACCAGCGACAGCUCCACACCGGAUCCCAUAGAAAUAGUGAUACCAGCGGCGGAAACAACCGCCGAAGCAGCACAAUUUUGGCCAAGAGAUUAGGACUAGAGCAGAGAAGGAUGAGUGGGAGGCAUACAAUUGUAUAUAAUUAUAGAGGGAUAGCCGAUACAAGCAAACACACACAAGAAGCAUUAUUAUAUUUAUAUAUAGUACGAUUAGAUAUAUAUAUAUAUAUAGCCCACGUCCUACGCUGUUCGUUGACGAGACUUGCAAGAGAGCCUCGAAUGUCCUCCCCAGUAGCCAGGCGAACAAGCGCGUGCCAGCAAAAAUUGUAUCUAGUUGAUUAAGCAUCCACGAAAGCAAGGAAACAAAACAGUGAAGCAGUGUAAACCGUAACUAUUAGCCAACAUAAUCGAGCAGCUCCUACAUAUAGCUAAAAUCGUUUAAGAAGCCAUCCACAGUACAGACGCGACUCUCUGACAAAAUGAACGUACAAAAUGAAACUAUGUCGCCCCAGAAAAAACCAGCCCCCCAUCAAUCAAUCAAUCGAUCCAUCAUUCGAACAGUAUUUUGUGCACUCUGUGCAGCUCUGCGUCUCGCUUUGUUUUACACAAUUCUAAAACGUAAUAAUUUUAACUCUUAAUUUAAAUUGUAAUUGUAACUGUAAUUGUAAUUGUAUUUGUAUCUGUAAUGUUUUAUGUUUAAAGCUGACAUCAACGAAGCGCUCAUUUAAGUUUUAACGUGUAUUGUACUGUACUGUAUUGUACUUAUAGCCACUCCGACAAUUGUAUUUAAACAUAUAUACACAUACCUAUAUACUAGCAUUAAAAUUAACAUUAAUAUUAACUAGAGAGAGCCUUAAUCUGGCAGCGGAGCGGACUCAAAUAUACUCAAAAGGGAUGGCAGUACGUGGCACAGAUCGAGAGUUGUAAAUGAAUGUGAAACGAAGGCAACAUACAAUUAAAUUAAAUUGAAUGUAUUAAAUUAUAUUCUCUGUGUAAAUUUUCCACAAUGUA